AUGGCUCAUCUUCUCUUGCUGGAAAAUGUCUUUUCUACGAGCCACCUCGCGUCAUGGAGGUGGCUUGUUGGUCUUGUCAUAAUUGCCGCCACUAAAGUUUUAUAUAAUAUCUACUUCCAUCCACUAUCCAAAUAUCCCGGCCCGAGGCUAUAUGCGGCAAGCUCCAUUCCAAUUGCGUUGGCUCAACUACGCGGAAAUUGGCACACUAUCGCGAAAGAUGCCCAUGAUCGUUAUGGCCCUGUCGUGCGCCUGUCACCAAACGAACUUUCUUUCAUUUCCAAACAGGCAUGGCAAGAUAUCUAUGCCCGUCGUAAUGGAAAGCCUGCACUGCCUCGAGAUCGCAAGUUCUUUAAUGACAUGCUUGUUGAGCCCCAAUCAAUCACCAUGAUGAACGACGCAGACCAUUCACGACUGCGCCGAGCGCUGAAUCCGGCUUUCUCCACACGGGCGCUUCAGGGACAAGAGCCCAUUCUGCAGGCCAACGUUGAUCUUUUGAUGAAGCAACUGCAAGCUCGUGGGGAGAAAGGUAUUUCCUCCGAUCUGAGAACAUGGUACAACUAUACAACUUUUGACCUCAUUGGGGAUUUGGCCUUCGGGGAGAAUUUCGACUGCCUCGCAACUUCACGCUUUCAUGAAUGGGUGGAACUCGUCCUGGACCACUUCUACACGUCGACCUUGCUGCAUGUCGUGCAUCGUUUCUCUCCGCUCCACAAAGUGCUGGCAAUGCUCCUUCCUGCAUCUCUCAUGGAAAAACGGCGAAAGCACUCUGAGAUGGCACUUGAAAAGAUUCGCCGACGCACUUCACAAAUAUCUAGUGAACGGAAUGAUUUUGCGGAGCAUCUGAUGCGAGCUGUUGGCGAGGGAACAAUAAUCUCUGCCGAACUGGACAGCCAGGCUACCAUUUUGAUUCUGGCUGGCAGCGAAACAACUUCCAUUGCCUUGACUUAUGCUACAUACUUUUUGAUGACACAUCGUGAUGCUCUGGAGAGACUUAUGACAGAGUUGAGGGCGAACUUCAGCUGUGAAGAUGACAUUGACAUACUAAGCCUCAAUCGUCUUGAGUACCUACAAGCUAUUCUUCAAGAAAGCCUGCGUUGCCAACCACCAAUUGCCAAUGGCUUUCCUCGACAGACGCCGAAGGAUGGCGCUAUUGUAGAUGGCCAUGUUCUGCCAGCUGGAGUCAGUGUCAAUGUCCACCAAUGGGCGGCAUUUCAGUCUUCUGAUAACUUUUCUCAGCCGGAGAAAUUUAUUCCGGAGCGAUGGUUGGGAGAUGCUCGAUUCCUCAAAGAUAACCUAGAUGCCUGUCAGCCCUUCUCAGUGGGACCCAGAAACUGCAUCGGAAAGAAAUUUGCUUACGACAGCAUGAAGCUGAUUCUAUCUCGACUACUUUGGCGAUUCGAUCUAGAAUUCGAAAACAAAAGCGAUAAGACAAAUUGGCUUCAAGAUCAAGCGGCGUUCGCAUCGUUUCAUCCCCCGUCCUUGAAUGUGGUUCUGCAGAAGAGGGCCUAG